AUGCCUGACACUGGUAAGCGAAAGCGAAAUGUCGCCCCUCAAGAGUCCCGCUCCCAAGCGGCUGCCGGCCCCUCAGCAGCUCGCAAGAAGCAAGCUCUGAACCACGCUUCACGUUCCAGAGGCGCCAGGCAGGUCAAGCGCUCCAACGACGAUGAGGAGCUGCUAGAAUUGGAGAGGCGACUGGACGACGUGGUGAAUGGCAAGAAGGAGCUGACCAGGUUCGACGAGAUGCCGCUCUCAUUAAACACGCUCAAAGGUGCGUGUGCUAAGUGCGCCUCGAGGAAGCCAUCCUGCAUACUCACCCUCGCAUACAUGCCACCCCCCUCCCCACCCGCUCCCCACGACAGGCUUGAAGCGUGCCGCCUUUACGGAAAUGACACCGAUCCAGCGAUCCGCUCUGCCACUCGCACUGUCCGGACGAGAUGUGCUCGGAGCAGCGCGGACGGGAUCGGGCAAGACGUUGUCCUUUCUCAUUCCCAUCCUCGAACGACUGCAUCGCUUGCGCUGGGGCCCUUCCGACGGACUCGGUGGGCUGGUCAUUUCCCCUACGCGCGAGCUGGCCAUGCAGAUCUUUGAAGUGUUGCGCUCCAUCGGAUCAGCUCAUACCUUCUCUGCCGGUCUCGUCAUUGGCGGCAAGGACGUCGAAGUGGAAAAGGCUCGGCUAAGCAAGAUGAACAUUCUGAUCGCUACGCCGGGACGAUUGCUGCAGCACAUGGAUCAGACGCUCGGCUUCGAUACCAGCAAUGUGCAAGUGCUGGUGCUGGACGAAGCCGACCGCAUUCUCGAUAUGGGCUUCCAAAACACCAUCGAUGCCAUCGUCGCCAAUGUGCCCAAGUCGAGGCAAACGCUGCUCUUCAGCGCCACUCAGACAAAGCGCGUCAAAGAUCUCGCCAGAUUAUCUCUGCGGUCGCCAGAGUACGUCGCUGUGCGUGACGCAGCGGCAGGUCAAGAGCCGGGCGACGCAUCGACAGAGACGCCCUCAUCGCUCUCGCAGCACUACAUGGUCGUGCCGCUGGAGCGCAAGAUGGACAUGCUCUUCUCCUUUGUCCGCACGCACCUCAAGUGCAAAAUGCUCGUCUUUUUCAGCUCUUGCAGGCAGGUUCAAUUCGCGCAUCAAGUCUUUUGCAAGCUCAGACCAGGCACGAGCAUCAUGUGCUUGCACGGCAAACAAAAACAGACGACUCGUCUCAGCAUCUUCAAAGAGUUUAGCAAAGCUCAAAAUGCCGUCUUGUUCGCCACGGACAUUGCGGCAAGAGGGCUAGACUUUCCAGCAGUGGAUUGGGUCGUGCAGACAGAUGCGCCCGAAGAUGCAGAUACCUACGUGCAUCGAGUCGGCAGAACGGCACGAUAUCAGAGCAAAGGGUAUGCGCUGCUCUUCUUGACGCCGGAUGAAGAGUCGGGUGCUCUGAAGGCUCUGGAGGUAAAGUCGAUCAAGCCCGAAAAGAUCAAGGCGCGGGACAGUAAGACGCAAUCCAUUUCGAGUCAGCUGCAAGGUUUCCUGUUCCAAGAUCCUGAACUCAAGCACCUGGGCCAAAAGGCCUUUGUUUCGUAUGUCAGAUCCGUCCAUCUGCAAAAGGACAAGAGCGUGUUUGACGUCACCAAGUUGCCGUUGGACAAGUACGCAGCAGCUCUCGGUCUGCCUGGCGCGCCAAAGGUCAAAUUCGUAAAGGAGGCUCAAGCUGCCAAAAAGAAGGCUGUCAAGUUGCUACAGAAGCAAGAGAAGCAACAAGCGCGCGAUGAAGACGGAGCGCCAUCCAAAGUGCGCACAAAGUACGAUCGCAUGUUUGAGCGGCGCAAUCAAGGCGUGCUGAGCGAGCACUACUCUAGGCUCGUGGAUCAUGACGGGGACCAAGAGAGCGCUGACGAGGCAGUCACAUCAGCAUCGGAUGCAGAAGAGAUGUCAUCAGAAGGCGAGCGGGGUAAAGACGUCCUCUUUGAUUCUGGCGAGCCUACGAAUGUCGACGCGCAAGAUUCAGACGACGACGAUUUCCUCACGCUCAAACGUGCCAAUCAUGGCCUCGAGGAUGGCAACGACGCGUUGCCGGCCUCUUCGCAUCUAUCCAAGAGGGCCUUGGCCAUGGGUAGCAGCAAAAAGGCAAUGGCAGCGUCCGGCAAGCGAGGUCAGGGCGAAAAGAUUGUGUUCGACGAGGCUGGCAUGCCGCGCGAUGUGUACGAGCUGCAGAGCGAGCAAACGUUUAGAGAUGGUCAAGCGGGCGAAGAUGCGCAGGAGCUCGCACGACGAUUCAUCGAAGAGGAGCGUGACAGAAUGAAGGAGCGCGAUGCGGUGGACAAGGAAAGGCUAAAGGAGAAAAAGAGGGAGAGGAAGCGGAUCCUCAAAGAACGCGAACGGGAAGCCAGGGGAGAAGAACCUCGCGGACCUACCAUGCUGGCUGAUCCCGACGACGACGAUGGAUACGUUACUCCUGACUUUGUUCUACCAGAAGACCGCGAGGAUGAAAGCGGGGAUGAAGGCACAGACGAGUCGGAGCAGGAAGGCGAAGCAUACGUCGAUGAGAAUGACGAGGCUCGCGCACUCAGACUCCUAGGCGCAUGA